AUGCGAUGGACUCGAAGCAAGGCGCUACUGGGUUUGGCGUCACUUCGUUGGACGGCGUGUUGGAGACACUCGGGAUACAGCCCAACACCAAGUACGAUCCCCGUCGUCGUCAAACAUGCCCAGACACGCCUUCGCAUCUACGACGCCGAGCCUGAUGAUGAGUCUGACUCGCAGGCCGUGGGCACCGUGGUGGCCAAGGUCGCCGACGAUGGCAAUCUCUACGGCGACGUCGAAGGAGUGAGGCUGGUUGCAGGAUCAGAUAGUCAGAAGGGCUUCAUCAUCGUGUCCUGCCAAGGGGUGAGCGCAUACAGCGUCUACCGCCGGGCACCGCCGCACGAAUAUGUGACGACUUUUACUCUCGUGGAGGCGUCGGACGGUAAAGUCAACGCGGUGAGCAACACGGACGGCGUCGCGGCCGUAGGCACCGCGCUCAGUCCCGAGUUCCCAUUCGGCAUCAUCGCAACGCACGACGAUGCGAAUCAGCUUCCCAACGGCUCGACCAGCAACUUGGCGAGCUUCAAGAUGACAAGCUUGAGCAAGAUACUGGGGGCACAGCAGUUGAAGCAGCUGCGGCUGCUCGACGACGUGGACGCUGACUGGGAUCCGCGGACGUCGGCACGACACGGGAAAUAUCACCACGGCCAACUUGUUGAUCCGUCCGUAGACCGGCCCUCAUCAUCGUCACCGGUCCACACCGGCCGGUGA